AUGGACUCACUCGAUACCGAAUACGAGCUCCUCGAGGGCAAGCCCAGUUUCCUAGCCAGGGUCAGCUUCUGGGUCGCUCGGCAAAGACGGGCCGGCAGAGUACCUCUGUUCGUCGGCGCUGGACUCGCCUUUAUUUUGCUUCUCAUACUUUUGGGAUCGUGGAAGUAUUCGACCGGACGAAGAACGCCGCGAUGGAUCCACGACAACUCCAAGACAUGCAUCGCUGAGGAGGUCUUUGGUUCGGAUGUAAAAGCGGAGAGUCUCUGGCCAGUAUUUCAAUCUGAUUCCGCCUCUGCUCCUCGUUUUGCGUAUGUUUUCUAUGCCACGCAGAAAGAGUACCUCUGUAACACGUUGAUCAACUUCGAGCAACUGCGCAAAGAAAAUGUCGCUGGAGAAAUCGCACUCAUCUACCCUUCGUUGUGGCAAGAUACAGAUCCAGAAGGAUCGACAGGCGCCAUUCGACGAAUGCUUGACAAAGCGCGCGAAAAGUACGGAGUCAACCUUCACCCCAUGGAGGUCUGGCGGACGCACCGAGGAGACCCUACCUGGAGUGAAUCUCUCACCAAGCUUCAUAUUUUCGGAUUGACCGACUACACGAGAGUGAUCUACCUCGACUCUGAUGGACUCGCUCUUCGAAACAUGGACCAUUUGUUCCUCGCACCCCAAGCCCAUAUCGCCUUGCCUCGGGCAUACUGGUUGGAUCAGGACCAGCUGGCGAGUCACGUCAUGGUGAUCACCCCAAGCGAUGCUCUCCUCUCCCGAGUAAAGAAGUGGGUUGACAAUAUAGACAAGAAGGGAUUCGACAUGGAGCUGGUCAACUCCCUCUCAGCCUCGUCAGCCCUUGUCCUCCCUCACCGCGGCUACGCCAUGCUCACGGGCGAGUUCCGAAAUUCCAAUCAUUCCAAGUACCUCGCCGAAGACGGCCCAGAAGCAAAAUGGGAUCCUCGUGCGGAGCUUUCGCGCUCGUUUUACAUCCAUUUUUCCGAUUGGCCGCUGCCCAAACCUUGGAAAUCGGCAACAAAGUACCAAAUCGAACAAACGCAACCUAAAUGCGAGCCAGAGGAGAAGGAAAAGUGUGGCAAUCGCAAGCAAUGGCAAAGCGUCUACGAUUUGUAUCACAAGCUGAAGGAUAGAGUUUGUAUCGAUUGA